CCGAUCUCUUAUUAAAAAAAUAAAAAAUAACAUAUCUCUAAUUAAAUAAACAAAUUAAGUCUAUUAUGUCACCGUGUUUAUAACGUUGGAACCAUUUGCCCAAAGUCCAAACAGUAAACGCUCUCCGAAAAAGAAAAAAAAACCAGUGCAACGCAUAAAGCUAGGCAUUGGUUCCCCUACAUAUUUAUGCCCAUAACCAAAUCACAAAAACCACACCACCCACUGAGAGCCUCGAUCUCUUAGUUUCUUGACUCUCUUCUUCCACUGCUCUGCUUCUCACCCUCCUGUCUCUUGUUACAUAAAGUCCUCUUCUGUAGCAAAACCAAACUAGGGCAAAUACUAUGGAAGAAAUCAUAUCCUCAUUCUGUCCACCCGAUUUCUGCCAGGAAACCACAUUUCAACAGCGCCUACAGUUCUUAGUUCAGAACGUGCCUGAGUGGUGGGUGUAUUCCAUUUUCUGGCGAGCCUCCAAAGACAGCAGUAGUGACCAAGUUUCCCUGUCAUGGGCUGGCGGACAUUUUCAGAACACCCGCGACCACUUGGCAUCGAAAAGAAGCAAUCAAGUGAACCGGGAAGUUGAAGCUCUUUUGCAUGAUGACGUGAUGUAUUUGGACAUGAGGCUGGUGGAUCAUGGAGAUGUCACUGACUCCGAGUUGUUUUACUUUUACACCGUUUCCUUAACCCAGUCAUUCUCUGCAAGCCACGGUAAUAAUAGUAACAAUAUUUUCGGCAGGGCAUUUGGUUCUGGUGGGUUUGUUUGGCUUGCAGGUGACCAUGAAUUUCAGUUUUAUGAGUGUGAGAGAGUGAAAGAAGCCAGAAUGCAUGGAAUCCAAACUUUGGUUUGCAUUGCAACUCCUUGUGGGGUGGUUGAACUGGCCUCUUUGGAUGUGAUCAAAGAAGAUUACGGUCUAGUGCAUUUAUCAAAGUCGCUGUUCGGAUCAGACGGCAACCACAACAACAACAACAGGAGGCUCUCAAAGCAUCAGACCAGUCUUGAAGGCAAUAUACUUGAUCCUAUCCUAGAAAAUGAACUGUUUUCAGCAGAUCAAAAUGAACUGACCCGACAAGUACUUCUUUUUUUUCCAGAUGCAGGUGGAAUAAACGAAGCUGCUGCACCUAUCAAUGUAGGAGGAUCAUCACUAGAAUCACCUUCUAACUCCGUUGGUAAUUUCACCUCCGAGAAUACUAAGAACAAGACUCGAUCAAAAAACAGAGGAAGGUCAUCAAACAAUGGAGCUGCAAGUAGACAAUCACAAUUGUCAAACCACGUUGAAGCCGAGAAACAGAGGAGGGAGAAACUCAACCACAGAUUCUUUGUCCUCCGGUCAGUUGUUCCCAAUGUGUCCAAAAUGGACAGGUCCUCUUUGCUUGCCGAUGCCGUGGCGUACAUCAAUCAACUCAAAUCAAAAGUUGAGGAGUUGGACGCCAAAGUCCAAGAACAAGCACAAAAACCUAAAGCGGGCAAUAAUGCAAGUAACAAUCUUGAUCAUCAGUCCAGCCAAAGCACCAGCGCUAUAGUUGGCCAGCAUCAUUAUUCUAAUAUUAAUUUUAAUGAUAAUACUAUUAGUAAUAGUAAUAGGGCAGCUGCUGCUGCCGUUGUGGAAGUGGAUGUGUAUGUGAAGAUUAUGGGGUCAGAAGCCAAGAUACGUGUUCAGAGUCCGGAUCAAGACUACCCAUAUGCUAAGUUGAUGAGUGCACUCAAAGGCCUAGGGUUACAAGUGUACCAUGCAAGCAUAUCGAGCGUGAAAGAGUUGAUGAUUCAAGAUGUUGUGGCAAGACUGCCUUAUGGGUUCACUAGUGAGGAGGUAUUGAGAAACGGUAUUAUUAAAAGAUGGUCACAUUAGAAACUAUAAAUUAUUUUAUUUAAUUUUCUUUGCUAAUAAGGACAGUGAUUUUUCAUUGA